AUGAGUGUUUGUUUUAUUGGAAGUAAUAGAGCAUUGGAAGUGCCCAAAGGGGUUCGUCACUUGGCUUUUCAUAAUGAUAAUCAUCUCCUACCUAUUCCUAUGAACAAGAACAGCCUCAAAGUUCGAUCAUUGCGUUCGGACCUUGCUCUUCCUUGGACCAAAUGUAAUGAUAUUCCUCCCUACUGCACCAAACAAAUGCAUUUGAGACCCUUGCAUUUGGAUGGCUCCACCUUUAAGAAAUGGCCUAUGUCAAUUGAGAAAUUGAAACAUUUAAGAUAUUUAGAUUUUUCUUCCACUCAUAUUAAAUCUUUGCCCGAGUCAAUAACCUCCCUCCAAAAGCUUCAGACAUUAAAUCUCCGUUUUUGUGAUUAUCUUUGUGAACUGCCAAAAGGCAUGAAGCACAUGAAAGUUCUCAUAAAUCUUGACAUCAGAGAUUGUGAUUCCCUUACAUGCAUCCCUGCUGGAAUAGGACAGUUGACUUGUCUGCGAAAGCUUUGCAUGUUCAUUGUAGGCAAGAAUGUUGGUCAGCAGAUAGGGGAGCUGAGAAGAUUGAAUCUUGAGGGCAAGUUGACUAUCAAAAAUCUUGAUAAUGUCAAAAACUUAACAGAUGCCAGAAGUGCCAACUUGAUUUGGAAGAAAAAUCUCGAAUCGCUAGAGUUAAUAUGGCAACAAGGGAAUGGUAACAACAACUCGGUAGAAAAUUUUGAAGAGACUCUCUGUGGCCGCCAGCCCCAUUCAAAUCUAAAGAAAUUGUGCAUAAUCGGAUAUGAAGGUUCAAAGUUUCCCAAUUGGAUGGAGAACUUGCUUUUACCAAAUCUUGUUGAAAUCUCGUUAACGGAGUGCAACAAAUGUGAACAUCUUCCAUCACUUGGGAAGCUAAAGUUUGUUAAAGUUCUCCAUUUAUGCAGAAUGGAUGCUGUGAAGUUCAUUGGCAGUGAGGUAUAUGGUGAUGGUGAAAGUGCAUUUCCUUCAUUAGAGGGCUUGAUUCUUGGUAGUAUGGCAAACUUGGAGGAAUGGGCAAUGAACCUUACGCUUCUUGAGAGCUUAAACAUACAUUUACUGGCGGGUCUGAAGUUGCUUCCAGAUCAGUUUAACAAUCUAUCUGCUCUUAAAUGCUUGCUACUUCAACAAUGUUAUGAACUGGCAAGCUUGCCAGAAGGUCUCUUAAAGCUCAAUACUCUGGAGAGACAACGUAUAAGCGAGUGUGGCCUUGUAUCUUUCCCAGUCAAUGGGUUUUCUGGUGUUGCUUCAGUUCGGUCGCUGUCUAUCAUAAACUGCCACAAAUUUACGUCUUUAUCUGAGCAAGUGGAGAAUCUAACUGCACUUGAGGAUUUGGUUGUGAGCGACUGUCCACAGCUUAACUCAUUGCCUGAGAGUAUCAGCUAUCUCACUGCUCUCCGAAGAUUGAGAAUACGUAACUGUGAGGGAUUGUCUUCUUUGCCAAAUGAGAUCGGAUAUCUAACCUCACUUCUUUACUUUGACCUGCUAACCUCUCUUUAA